CAUCCAAUGAUUGUUUUUGUUUACAUACACUCCCGGAGCAAUUUUAUUCGUUUUAUUUCUCAGGUUUUAUUUUGCGUACUAGGUAUUUUAUUGAAAUUUUGCUGAAAUAAAAGGCAAAAACUAGAUCAUUUUAUCGAUAAAAGUACUAGUGGAAAACAUUGCAAAUUGGCCAUGGAUAUAUUGAAAGCAGAGAUAGCUCGCAAGCGGAAACUUUUAGAAGAGAAAAAACUUGUGGAUGAAAAGAAAAAAUAUUUCAAACGAGGAGAACUGCUCGCUCAGGAGCAAGAGGAGUAUAAGGAAAAAUACGGCCAGCAAGCUAGCGGCAGCGGCGAGACCCAAGCAAAACACGGCGAUGGAGACAAAUCACCAACGAAAGAUUCCAAGUUUGAUUUCCGGAACCUUCCACGGUCAGAGGUGAUCCGAAAGUUGCGCGAACGAGGAGAACCAAUUUUGCUAUUUGGGGAGUCGGAAGCAGAUUCCUGCUCGCGAUUGCACCAUUUAGAAAUUUCAGCUCCGGAAGUAAACCGUGGUUUCAGGAAUGAUUUCCAGGAAGCUAUGGAGCAAGUCGACGAGGAAUACCUGAAUGAAAUUUUAACAUCCAAUGGAACCGGAUUAAGCAAAGGGAAAAGUUCAAACGAGGAUUACGCUAUUGAUGAUUCCGUGACGUACGAGUCGAUACAAGAAAUGGCUGUUCGUCUUGGGCGGAGCGGAAAAGAGCACGAUAUGCACGUAAUUACCACCCUAAUUCAGUUUAUGCUGAAAAUGUGGAACGAUCAGUUGAAUUCCGGGACGACUGCACAGCGUACAGCGACGAAAUGGAAAAUUGCCAGGGCUACAUUCGAACAGACUCGUUUGUACUUGAAACCCCUGCUGCGAAAGUUGCGAAACAAGAGCAUACCGGAGGAUAUUCUAGACAGCUUGACGGACAUUACAAAGAGUCUCCUGAAAAGAGAUUACAUUCAUGCCAGUGAUGCGUAUCUCACGAUGGCCAUCGGUAACGCUCCGUGGCCCAUCGGUGUCACUAUGGUCGGAAUCCACGCUCGUACGGGACGAGAGAAAAUUUUCUCGAAAAACGUAGCCCACGUAAUGAACGACGAAACUCAGCGCAAAUACAUCCAAGGGUUGAAACGGUUGAUGACCAAAAUGCAGGAAUAUUUUCCUACCGACCCGUCUAGAUGUGUAGAAUACGUUAGUAAGAAAGAUAGGGUAGAUUAAUUAUGCUUAUCUUCUGUACCUCGAUGGUAGAUUCAUUACAUAUUAUUUAAUAAAACCAUUGCUGACUACA